CGUGACCGCGACUCUCCCAGAGAAGGGCUUGUCACGUGAUCGUCUCUGCAGGCAACAACGAGCUUAACUUCCAGGUCAAGCUGCCCAAUGAACAGAUGAAGGGGGAGCUUCAAGGUCACGCGCAUGAAGUGCUGGCGGUCACUUCGUCUCAGGUCCCGGUAGUGAACGGCUCAUCCUCCCCAACCCUGGCCCCCUGCUCCUCAGCCAAGUGUGAGGUGAAGUUGGAGCUGGCCUUCGAGUAUCUGAUGAGCAAAGAUCGUCUCCAGUGGGUCACCAUCACCAGCCCACAGGCAAUCAUGAUGAGCAUCUGUCUUCAGUCCAUGGUUGAUGAGCUGAUGGUGAAGAAGUCAGGGGGCAGCAUCAAGAAGAUGCUAAGGAAACGUCACAAUGGCUCCCUACAUCGGUCCGAAAGUCAGCAAGCUGUGAAAUCCCCCCCUCUACUGGACUCUCCUGACCCAAACCGAGACCAGAUUGUCAAACUCUCAACCAAGCUGAGCUCUGUGUCUCUCAGAGGGAUCAGCGCCUCCAACUCAGCCAAUGACAUCAGCGGCAACGAUUUCCAUGGCAACUAUGCCUUCGAGGGGAUCGGGGAUGAUGACCUGUAAUAUCCCCCCCCCCACCCCCCCACCUCCACCUGUCGAACACAACCUGCAGAGAUUCCAAGCUGAGCCGAGCGGAUUGUCUGAUUCUGUAAGAUUGUAGCCCUUCCUGGGAGUCUGCUGCCUGCCUUAAGAUCAGU